ACGAGGUUUUACGGGAGAUGAAUAGUCUGGCAGGACACGCGGCUUAACUUGAGGAAGUAGUCGUCGGAGACGGGCAGAAAGGGCACGCUGCCCCUUGGAGCUGGCUUGCCCAGGAGGCUUACACGAGAUAUAGAGAAAAACACAACACGUUGCUUUUCUCUCUUACGUCUCUCUGAAGGAGAAAUCAGAAACAAGAAAAACACUCUCUUUAAAUUCUUUUUCCAUUUCCAUUUCGCCUUUCUCUCUCUUCUCUCUCUUCGUUUAUCUUAGGGUCUGUUUUUAUCCCGUCAUACAAAUUGUCGAUAAUGAUUGCCCAUGGCGACAUGACGUCGGCUAAGGUUUCCUUCUCUAACCUUUGUCAAUGACGGAGGUGCAUCGAAGAAUGCUGAGCGACGAGAACGAAGAUUCGCCGGCAAAAUGCAGGGAACGUCGUCGUAGGAGAAUCGAGAUGAGGAGGCUGGCCUCAGUACCGGGCGCUGGUACGCCUCCUCCGGAGAGUGAGAGUCAUGCGGAGAGCUCAAGCUGUUUUGCCAACGGAAAGCGAAUUCGGAAGUCAGAGACGGGAGAUUUCCCGGGGGCGUCUUCGCUGGUUUCGUCCGGUGAUGACGUGGAGACCGAGGCGGUCCAGCCACCAAGCGGGUUUCCUCUGGUUGAGCCGACGUUUGGGACUAUGUCAGUGGCGGGGAGGUUACGUGAGAUGGAGGACGCAAUAACUGUAUGCACCAACCUUUGCAGGCCGGAGAUAAACGAAAGGAGGCCGGUACAUUUCUUCGCUGUGUAUGACGGCCAUGGAGGGUCUCACGUGGCAGAACUAUGUAGGGAGAGGAUGCACGUGAUCUUGGAGGGAGAAUUGAUGCGCGUGGACCACACUGACAGUAGUGAGAAUGGGAACGGUAGCAGCAGUGGCAUCUCAGAGAAACGUCAACUCCAAAGACAAGGAGGAGAUGAAGUGGAGAAAUGGAGGACAGUGUUGAAGAGGAGCUUCGAGAAGAUGGACGAGGCUGCAUUAAACACGUGCGCGUGUGGUUGUGUAGGGUUCGAGUGUACUUGCCAUCCCAUGGACAUGGAGGUGGCGCUUGGAGGGUCCACUGCAGUCUUAGCGCUCUUGACUCAAGAGCACAUUGUUGUUGCCAAUUGCGGUGACUCACGCGCCGUCCUCUGCCGAGGCGGGAGGGCUAUUCCACUCAGUUUUGAUCAGAAGCCAGAUAGACCAGAUGAACUUGCAAGGAUUGAAGCUGCUGGGGGCCAUGUCAUUUUUGUGAAUGGUGCUCGAGUUGAAGGCAUUCUUGCUAUGUCCAGAGCAAUAGGGGACAGGUUUUUAAAGCCAAUUGUGAUAUCAGAGCCCGAGAUUACCUUCACAAAAAGAGAUCAAGAAGAUGAGUGCUUAAUUCUCGCUAGUGAUGGCCUGUGGGACGUCCUGUCGAGUGAGUUGGCUUGUGAGGUAGCUUGUGAGUGCCUGCGAGAAGGAAAUCCUUCUAGUGUUGUGAAUGCCAGGUCUCGCAUGGAAGAUGAAGGGACUGGGACAUUAUAUCCAUCUCGAAGCAUAUUGGCUGCAGCACUUCUCACUCGCCUCGCUUUGGGACGGAGAAGCUCUGAUAACAUUAGUGUAAUUGUUGUUGAUCUUAAGAGGAGCUGAGGAUGAGAUAAGUGCCAUUCAAUGUCAAUAUCAACUUUGUACAGUUCUCCUGAGGGAAUCUGCAAGCAUAGAUAGGUUUUAAUUGGGGAAUAAAAAAUCUUUUUAUAGAUUGAAUGCGUUAAAUUGACUCUGGUUCUCUUUUUAACUAUGGUAGCCUAUGAUCAAUAAGAUUUGGUGUGACAUGUGAAAUAUUUUUGCUGUCUUCUUCAUUCACAGGUGAGAGUGUGUGUGGCAUGAAACGCAACUUCUCACCCUUUUGCAGUAAAAUAUUUUGGGUAUCCCGAGGUCCUGGUGGGAUCAAACAACUGAAUACUGGGAAUUGGAAUCUCACGUUGUUGGUCUUGAAUGUUUGGAUCGGAGAUGCUCCUCUGUCUUGGUCAAUUGCCAAGAGCGAGGCCGACCGCUCAUUCCACUAUGGUCACUGGGAACCACAACAUACUCGGCGAAUGCUUGCAGGGUGUUGCUGCAGUACUUGCCAACCAACGUCUUCCUCUGGCAAGUAACUUGUGUAUUCUUCUAGAGGUGACACCAUUUGCUGUAAAUUCGGGGUAGCAACAAUACAGAGAAUCCAAGAAAUUCGAGGUUCCAGUCCCACCAGGUUCCACCUUGAUUAAAACAGCAAUCUACCACAGCGACCCCUUACGUAGUUUUCCAUGAUACUGCUUUGUUCAAGAACUGUUAAUAGGGAAAAACCUUCAUAACCCGUUCAAGGAGACUGGCUCCUGGAGGAGACGGCCGCAGUACUUGCCCAAUUGGCGCUACGCCUGCACCAAUAGAAAGGUAAGUUCUACGCUCUUUUUUUCUCUAAAAAAAAAAGAAGGAAAAUUCCUAACAGCUCGUUUUUCUUAAUUGGCUAUUUCUAUUACGAUUUACGAGUGUGCAAGGAUUCUUUUUUCGAACCAAAAUGACAAAAAAAAAAAAAACACUACCUUAUUGUUUACAUCGAAUAAGAUCUGAAUA